AUGGGUAUUACAAGAAAAUUUCUUAAUUGGUAUGCUAGACUAUCUCCUGCUCGUGGGAAAUCAAACCCGCCUUAUGAGCAUAUCGUACAAAUUGGUGAUCCAAGAUUACGUAAAGUUUCAGAGCCUGUACCGCUCGAUAAAAUUAAGACAACUGAAAUACAAACAGUUAUUAAAAAACUAGACUAUGUUACCGUGAAGUACGGCAGUCUUGGGAUGUCUGCACCUCAAAUUGGUGUGAAUGUGAGAAUUUUCGUAAUGCGACACACGAUGAAACAAAUUGCAGCAGCUCCUAAACACAUAGCUCAACUGCGGGGUAUGGAGGUUAUACCGUUUACUGUAUUCAUAAAUCCAAAGCUGAAGGUGGUUGACUACCAGAAAGUAGUUCACAGUGAAGGAUGUGAAAGUGUUCAAGGAUACACAGCAGAAGUGCCAAGAUACAAAGCUGUUGAAGUAACAGGUCACAAUGAACUGGGAGAGCUGACAUCUAAAGUGUUCCAUAACUGGGGAGCUCGGAUAGCGCAGCACGAGAUGGACCACUUGGAUGGCAAGAUAUACACUGACAUUAUGGACAAGAAAACUUUAGUCUGCACAUGCUGGGAAGAAGUCAACUUGUCUAAAGGGAAACUUGUUAUACCUUUUAGUCCAUAG